GUGGAGAUGUCUCGUAAGAGCCCUUUUGCCUCCUGGCUCUGUGCUAUGCUCCACUGCUUUGGAAGUUACAUACUUGCUGAUCUGUUGCUUGGAGAAUCACCUAUUGAUUACUUCAGUAAUAACUCCAGUGUCAUCCUGGCCACAGCAGUCUGGUAUUUGAUAUUCUUCUGUCCCAUGAACCUCUUCUACAAGUGCGUCAGCUUCCUGCCUAUGAAGCUCAUCUUUGUGGCAAUGAAGGAGGUGGUCAGAGUUCGCAAAAUUGCAGCGGGGGUCCACCACGCUCAUCACCGGUACCACCACGGGUGGUUCAUUAUGAUGGCUACUGGAUGGGUCAAAGGUUCUGGUGUUGCCUUGAUGUCUAACUUUGAGCAACUGCUGCGCGGAGUCUGGAAGCCAGAAACAAAUGAAAUUCUUCACAUGUCCUUCCCUACAAAGGCCAGUCUGUAUGGCACAGUCCUCUUCACUCUGCAACAAACUCACUGGCUCCCCGUCUCUGAAGCCAACCUCAUCUUCUUUUUCACCAUGUUCAUGAUAAUUUGCAAGGUGUUCAUGACGGCAACUCACUCCCACGCCUCACCUUUUGCUCCAGUGGAAAACUUCAUCUGCCCAGUUUUCUUUGGCUCUGUUUCCAGCGGACACGCCGGUCAUCACCAUGAUCAGCAUGGGGCCUCCCAUGAGGUUUCCCAUCCUCCACCUCCUCCUGCAAAGUCAAAAGAGGAGCUAAAUGAAGGCACAAGGAAACGGAAAGCAAAAAAAGCCGAAUAAAAAAAGCAACCAAACAGUAAACAGGCCAAGAAAAUUCUUCCAGAGCUGAGUCUCAAAGCCAGCUGCAACCUCCUUUAUCCUCCAGUCCCUCUCUCUCCAGACUCCAGAGGAGAGGUGGAAGCCAGGACAUGGCCAGGCGGGUCCCUGAAUUUCAUUUGUGCUCUCUGUGCUGCUGCGUGCUUCUUGGUCUCUGUCUCUCUAUUCUGAUCAUAUUUUCAGGGAUUUGUGGAUUUGUGCCAGGAUGAUAAGUGGGUGCCAGUUCCCAAGCUGUCAGCAAUUACGAGGCAGCAUUUUCAACUGAUGUAAAAUCUUUCACUGUGUUUAUUUAUGAAUGGAGGUA